CCGCCCAAAGAUACGGUAUACUUUUCACUGUUGUAUCUAUACUCACACACACAGCAGAGAGUCACGCUCACGACUCACGACGACUUGCAUGCUGGGAGCUGCGCGACAUCUUCUCAAACAGGCAGUCACGAGCAGCAGCAGCAGCAGCAGCAGCAGCAACAACAACAACGCAGCGCAGCGCAGCGCAACGCAAAAUCAUGUCCGCAAGCACAAGGUUGAACAUUCUGCUGGAUCUGUCCGGUACGCUGCACAUUGGCGACGUAGCCACGCCCGCCGCCAUCCCAGCCUUGCGCAAACUGCGAGAAUUUUUGUCCAAAAGGGGCAACAGCUCCUUGCGUUUCGCUAGCAACACCACCAAGGAAGCGCCUUUAAGCUUGCAGCAACGCUUAUUGAGGGCGGGUUUUGGAGCGGGAGAUGUGCCCUUGAUGGAUCUGUACACCAGUCUAAGCGCUACCGCUCGAGAGGUGGCCGUAUUGCAAAGACCUGCACUCUUGUUGCUCAGCAAGUCCGCUCAACAAAUCUUUCAAGAUCCUCCUUCUUCCUCUUCCUCCUCCUCCUCCUCCGCAAGGCAUUUCAGGCCUUCCAGCGAUACAUUGCCAAAGGAUCUUGAUGAGGAAGAGUGGAAGUGCUUGAAGAGGUGCAACGUCGUCGUGGUUGGUCUGGCGCCCGAUCUGAUGCGCAGCGAGUGGCUAGACGAAGCGUUCAGAAUCCUCUGCGGAGAGUAUUCCUCCGAGCAGCAAGAAGCAGCGACGCCAAAGAUCAUCGCGACGCAUAGAGCAUCGUAUUAUCGUCCAGAAAAUGCCGCGCCGCUUUCUAUGGGUCCCGGCCCCUACGUGAGCGCCCUCGAGACCGCAGCCAGGCUCGAUGUUCGCGAUACUUUGGUAUGCGGUAAGCCCAGUCGAGGCUUCUUUGAGGGGGCAUUGAAGGAGAUGAGAGGGGGCGAGGAUGCGCAGCCAGGGGAGAGAAACAUCGUUACGUCUCUGCCGAUCUGGGCGAAGGAGCCAUCGAGCUAGGUCUCGAGCGCAUACUGGGUGAGGCGGGCCUACAUCCUCGC